AUGGAUGCCACAGCUAACCUCGGAGAGUUACAGACAUACAAAGAACAGGAAUUACCUAGCUUGGAGCCUCUUGAUCAAGUCUUGGGAGAAAGGGCACUUGUGUUAGACUCUGCAGUUGAUACUGAUAGUAUUCCAAGGAAUACUAUAGAGGAACCUAUCGGGAAAGCUAUGGACUAUUCUGAAGAAAUUUCUGAACUCCCUGACUUGCCAGACAAGCUAGGAGUGCCUCUUGAAGUCCAAGCUGUAGAGGUAGCCAUGUCUUGUCAAGAAGUCCAAGCUGUAGAGGUAGCCAUGUCUUGUCAAGAAGUCCAAGCUGUAGAGGUAGCCAUGUCUUGUCAAGCUAUUUCCCAGUUGUCCUCUCUCUCCCCUGAGGGGGAUGCUCAAAGUGAAGAAACUCCCACAUCAUCUCAGGUGUUACAUUCAGCUAUGGAGAGCAUUGAAGGCACUCCCAGAAGCAAAUUUGAUUAUAAGGAGAAGCUGAUGCAUCUCUCUGCAAGGAAACCAACCAAAAAGAAGAAAGGGACAGGAAGAUAUGGAAUGUUCACUCCAGAUCCAGAUGAGAGUUCCACGGAAGCCCUCCUUGCAAACAUGCCAUUUCAGAAUAUGCGUAAACGUCCUAAAAGCUCAAAUUCCAUAAAGAAACAGAGCAUGAGGGUGUGUGGAAGCAGUAGAGGAAGAAGGAGGCAGAGUAGAGGUAGGAGAGGUGGCAAUCAUGGAGGAGUGGGAAGAGGAAAAAUGAGAAGCAAAAAGCGGGCUCUGGAUAAUCAGGAUAACAUUGUAUAUGAAAAUUGUGAUCAAUUUCCCCUCAACUUGGAAAGAGAAAUUCAUAAUCCAUCUGCUGAAGCUGCUCCUUACAAAUCCCAGGAUGAAAUUGCAACUGAAUUGCCUAAGAAGUACGACAUCAUCAUCAAUGGGUCCUCUGAUCCCCUGAAAGAAGACAAUGAAUCUGAGGAAAUCCUGAGCCCAUCCCAUCAUCUCAACCAGGAGAAGACCUUGCUUGAGGGAAAAACCCAGAAGGUAUGCAUUGAACAACCACAUGUCCUUGCUUCUCAAUCACCUCUGAAUAAAAAGCAGGCACAUCUGCAGAAAAAGAUCUUGCCUAAUGGAAAGUCAGAAAAAGGACAGAAAGGGUAUCCUCAAACUGCUCAAACAGUAUUACCUGCAAAACCACAUGCCUAUAAUUCUCUGAGACCACAGCUGAAUGAAAAACAGACACAGCUGCAAAUGAGUGGCUGUAUGAUGAAAGUACCUGAAAGGAAGGCAGCUAGAGGAUGUUAUUCCAAGAUCACUGCAACAAACCAGUUGAAGAGACCCCUGAUGGAGCAAGUAAGACAAGCUGAUGAUGAAAUUACAGUCCUGGAUCACAUCAUUCAUCGGCCUUCUCCCCCUUAUAAUUCCAGAAGUGAUUUUGUGAUUCCUGUGUUUAAUUUCCAAGGUCACAAAAUUAGGAACAGCCUUCUGUCCAAGGAAAUUAUUGAUGGGAUUUCCUCCAAGACCACCUUUUGCAACCAAGACCUUUUCUCCUGCCACAUCAAGGGAUCCUAUGUAAAAUACAGAAAACCCAAGCACAUCAACAUUCAGGUUAGCAACGUGAUUGCCUAA